AUGCGUAGUUUUUGGCAUGGAAAGCAGACGACAAUUUUUACCAAAAAGCAGAAGUGGUCAAAAAAUAAGAAGCACACACAGAGGCGGGAGAAAGUUAGAAUUGUUGCAUUGUACCGUUUUUGUCAAAUUCGUAGUCAACCACAAUGCUAAAAUUGUGCAGUGGCUGCCAAAGACUCGUUCGUCAACAGCUCCGUCAUGUGAGACGCAGUUUGCACGCCGGAGGGACGGUUCUCAACGUAGAAAAUAAAGAUCCAAGCAGCUUUUCAUGGAGGACACACUCCUGUGGUGAGCUGUCUACGGCACAGGUUGGACAAGGUGUGACGCUGUGCGGCUGGAUUCAGCACAAGCGCUAUGACUUCAUGCUCACUCUCAGAGAUGCUUAUGGAGUCACUCAGGUGGUACUUCCAGAAGUAAAAAAGGGGACAGGAGAAUCUUUAGAAGGGAUUCAUUUGGAAUCAGUUAUCAUGGUAACAGGAAAAGUGCAACAGAGGCCCGAUGGCUUAGCCAAUAUGAAAAUGUCCACAGGUGAGAUUGAAGUGGUUGCCAGUGAAGUCAAGGUGCUGAAUGCUAGUAAAGAAAAACUUCCAAUCCAGAUACAUGAUUUCCAACAGGUGAAGGAGUCAGUACGGAUGCAGUUCAGAUAUCUGGACCUCAGGAGCACCCGAAUGCAGCAUAAUCUAAGAGUUCGUUCCUCUAUGAUCAUGAGAAUGAGGGAGUUCCUUUGUAAUCAACAUGAUUUUGUGGAUGUGGAAACACCUUCCUUAUUCAGAAAAACACCUGGAGGUGCUAAAGAAUUUCUGGUACCGACCCAUCAACCUGGGAAAUUCUACACUUUACCACAAAGUCCCCAGCAGUUCAAACAGUUACUGAUGGUGGGUGGCAUAGACCGUUAUUUCCAAAUUGCUCGUUGCUAUAGAGAUGAGGGCAGCAGACCAGACAGACAACCAGAGUUUACGCAGGUGGACAUUGAAAUGUCUUUUGUAAAUAAAGAAGGAAUCUACUCCAUGAUAGAGCAGCUUCUAGAACAUGCAUGGCCUCAAGAAAAACCCAAGUUGAACCCACCUUUCCCAAGGAUAAGCUACUCUCAGGCUAUGGAUGAGUAUGGAUCUGACAAACCUGAUACAAGAUUCGAGUUCAAGAUAAAAGAUGUGACUGGAAUUUUGAAGGGCAGUGGAUCUUCAAUAUUCAACUCGGAUGAUGAAGACUUCACUGUUAGAGCAAUCAACUGUAAAGGUGCAAUGGAUCACCUUAAAAGCAAGGAUUAUGAACAUCUCCAGAGCGAAGCCAAGAAGAGAUCCCAACAUGGUGUCCUAAUAGUGCAGGUCAGAGAUGACCUCACUUGGAAAUUACCGAUUGCAAAACACCUCCCUGAGACUGUUCGGCAAGAAAUGGCUCAAAGCUUGGAGGUUUCUCAGGGAGACAUGUUGCUUGUGGCUGCAGGGCCUAAUAAUAGCAUGUGUCAGUUGCUGGGGCAGCUUCGCCUCACAGUUGCUAAUCUACUUGAAAACAAAGGUGUCCAGAUUAGAGAUCCAGAUAAUAACUAUAACUUUCUAUGGGUGGAAGACUUCCCGUUGUUUUUGCCUAGCGAGGACAGGAUAGGGGAGCUGGAGUCCACGCAUCAUCCAUUUACUGCUCCUGUGGCUGAACACACCCCUCUUAUUUACUCCGCCCCUCAAAAGGUCCAAGGACAACAUUAUGAUCUUGUGUUGAAUGGAGCUGAGAUCGGGGGUGGUUCAAUCCGAAUACAUGAUGCAAAGCUGCAAGAGUAUGUUCUACAGGAAGUUCUGAAGGAGGAUUCAAGUUGUCUGAGUCAUCUUCUAGAUGCUUUAGAAUCAGGAUGCCCACCUCAUGGCGGUAUUGCAUUGGGUCUUGAUCGUCUCAUAUCCAUCAUUUGUGGGGAACCGUCUAUUCGUGAUGUCAUCGCAUUUCCUAAAACGGUCGAGGGUAAUGAUCUAAUGAGUGGGGCACCCUCAAGAGUUGAGGAUGCAGAUUUGGCUAGGUACCACUUGAAAGUUGGUAACCCCAAGUAGGAAGUAAAUAUUGGAGGGUGUAACAAGGGGGUUACACAACAGGGGUGGAUUUAACAAAGAGUCUUAAAAGACUCUCCAGUAAGGAAGAGUUAAACUUAGGACUAGCCUUAAGAUUUUAAUAACUCCUAGGACAAAGUACUACAUUUAAGUUAGGACUAUCUUUGUGAAAUUGACCCCAGUCCUUUAGGGGAAAAACAAGACAGAUCCUAUUUACUGUGCCAAUAGGCAGCAAAAGUCCUUGUUCCUAUAUUAUGGCCCAAAGGCAUUCGAACCCGGACCAGGUGGUCUGGGGUUUGAACCCGGACCAGGUGUUCGUGGUGUCAUGCCCGGACUGGGUAGUCAUGGUGUCAUGCCCGGACUGGGUAGUCAUGGUGUUAAACUCAGAAAGGGUGGUCUGAGUGUCAGACAGUCAUUCUCCGGUCUUUCUUAUUUUAGAAUAGGGUGUGUGAGGUUUUGUAGAGGGUGAGAUUCACAUAAUCCCAUGAGGUAACCUUUCCUGUAUUACAUCACUCUAUGACUCUUUCACAAUACAAACCAGCCUAUAUAAGGUGUCGCAAAAGUCAGGUCAAAAUAAUAAUAAUUAAUUGCAAUGUCAUCCUGUCCUUUCGCAAUUUUAAUUUCAAAUAAAGUUUUACUUUUGCGGUAAGGCCUCAAAAUUGAGGAAGUAAUUUACACUUAAAGGGAAAUUAACAUAGAAAAGUUUAAUCAUUUGUACCCAAUAGAUGAGGUAAAAUAUACUAUUAUUAUUCUGAUCACAUUUACAAGUAGAAGUGGUAUAGUCUUUAUAAGUCUUAAGAAAUCAAUUACUGUAACACAAAAAAAUAACAACAAACUUAAUGAUAUGAUAAAGAAAACAACAAACAUUGCUUGUCACAACAAACUUUUUACAGCUGAAGAAAAUAUGUACUUUUGGUUGAAUAUACAUCUAAUCAUGGUUUAUCUUGGCUUUACAAAUUGUUUAGGACUAACCGCUGUAGAAGAAUAAUUACUGUUGGCCUACGACAGCUUUGCUUAGCGAUCAUAUACUCAAAAUAUACUCGGAUGUAUAUAUUUCAACCAGAAUUAAAGGGUAUAAAAUUACUAAGUCAGAACUUACCUUUAAUUACUUUCUAAGAUGUUUUUGUAAUGAUGUCAGUAUUGUCAGUUGAUUGACAUAUCUUGUCUAGAUUCCAUGUUGCCAGGACCUUGACAUGUAGGCCAGUUGGAAAGGGAACAAUCUAGAAGACAUUUGUUAAUUUACCAAUGUUCUUCUCAGAGCCACCACUACUCUUAAAAAGAUUGAUACAUGGUGACGUCACCACAAACUUCACUUACUUUAUACUGAGAGUUAAAACGUUUAAAUAAAACAAUACUA